GUUGGAGAGAUCAUAGGUAGAUUUGAGAAGAAAGGUUUCACCUUGAAAGGUCUCAAGCUACUCACCGUGGACCGAGCUUUUGCCGAGAGUCACUAUGCUGACCUGUCAGCAAAGCCCUUCUUCAACGGGCUUGUCGAGUACAUUAUCUCGGGCCCAGUUGUUGCCAUGGUUUGGGAGGGCAAGAAUGUGGUGGCUACCGGUAGAAAAAUAAUCGGAGCCACUAAUCCUGCGCAGUCUGACCCGGGUACAAUCCGUGGUGACUAUGCCAUUGAUAUCGGCAGGAAUGUGAUUCACGGUAGUGAUGCUGUCGAGAGUGCAAAAAAGGAGAUUGCUCUUUGGUUCCCGGAAGGAAUUGCAGAAUGGAGGAGCAGCCUUCACUCUUGGAUUUACGAAUGAACCUCGUGAGUGAAAGUCAGCCGUCAUUUUAUAUGUAUCAUUUAUAAAGAUAUUUUCAGCAGCAGCAGCAGGUUCUGGGCUGUUGUCAUUUGAGUUUUGUGAACUUUGGAUUUGGAGUUCAUUUACCUUUUGUUAUGGCUGACAAAUUUAUUUUAAUCUUGUGAUAUGUUUUUGUGAACUUUGGAUUUGGGAUUCAUUUGCCUUUUAUGGCUGACAAUUUAUAUUAAUCUUGUGAUAUGUUGUGUCAUGUGUGGUCCUAUGGCUAUGCUACCUAAUUUUCACAUCUAUGGCGUGAUACAAAUUCCUA